AGGGGGAGUAGGAGAGGAGUGUUAAACUUAGGCAAAAGAUGAGGAACUUCUGAUCCUGGCAUAAUACACUUCCUAUAUCCUCGCUGAACUAGUCCUUACCUGGGGAAGGAGGACCAAAAAGGGUAACUCAGAGAAGAACUUAGCUCCAAACGUAGAUAAACAAUCCAAAUCAACAGUGUUCAGUGGUUGGGGCAGUCUGGGGGUUAAAUCUCUAAUACUUAAAGUUCUGGCUAAGUAUAAAGAGGCCAUAAGAUCUAAUCUAAAACUUUUAAGCGCCACCAGUAGCAUCAUGAUAAGGGAUUAGACAGCACAGCUGCGUACCACGCGCUGCAGCGUGUGUGUUACCUUGACUGGAUGAAGACUGCAGCUUCCAGGUAUCAGUGAGGCUCGACUGUGUGCUUUAAGUGAUUCUUUAUCACAGCAGAUACUUUGAGCUACAUAUUUGUCCAGAAAUAUGUCCAGCAAGUGGAAAUUAUUUUUAUUAAUGUUUUAUUAAUGGUAGAUAUUGCAAUUAGACAUGCACAAGAAAUUACUGUAUAAAAGGUUUCAUAUUAUCCAGAUAUGAAUUCUGAGUCGCUUCCAAAAAGUGAAAGCAGCACUAAGUCUCCAUGGCCACUGGCCUCUGAGCAUGCGCCGUAAGCAUUUUAAGUUUCAUCAAUGCGUGUAGUUGCUGGACAUGGUACAAACCUUCGCAGGGUUAUCAUAUAUGGCUUCUUGUGCAGUUGGGGGAAUCCUAACUUGUUUACUAGCAAGUUCUUAACAUGAAAAUCUCGUUGAUAGCUUAACUCUUUUUUCUGUGUUGGGUAAAACUAUGGAUGCUGGUAGCAAGGUUUAUGCUACAGGCUUAGCAACUAUACUGCUUAGUCUUGAAAGUACAGUGGCACAUGGUGCAGCAUGUGGUUAUGGGCAAAAGGAACUUAAUGAACUGUAUUAAAAUAUUUUACAAGAGUUUCUCUAAAACGCUGAAAUGCUCCGUUAAAAAGCUGAAGAAAGUUGUUUUGUGGUUUCAAAGUGCCCUUUGGGUUGACCUCCUGCCAGGAACACCACACCUGAGUGCAGGGACUCCAGUUUUACAAACUGUUUUCUGAACAGGUAGUGAUGUUUUGAGGCACUAGCAGAAAGAGGAGAGAAGAUUAUCACCAUCAGCCUGAUUCUCAGGAAUCAGCUGCUGGGCAGGGGAAGUCCCGUCCUACCUGUGAAGCAUCAUGUGUCUGCCAAUGGGAUUGUCUCUGUUUCUUCAGAUGCAAAGAAGCACCGCGGGAGACGUUCUGUUCCUUCAGAAUAACUGGACCCACUGGCAAGAAGCAGCUACACUGAGCACCAAACGAGGAAACCGUUUCCAAGUUAUCAAAACAUGCUGUUGAACUAAAUUUUGCAGCUGCGUUUUUAAAUGUACCAUGGGAUGUAUCAAAUCCAAGGAUGCCUUUUCCGGUUCAAGUGCUAUCCAGGAUGAGAGGAUCGGGGAAGGUAACGAAGGAUGCACCGGGGAGAAAUCAUCACUGAUAGCACUGGACGAGAAAGGUCCAUCCAGCUCCUUAGUGCUGGACUAUGCCCACCAGCUCUCCCGGGAGAUUCUUGAUCAGGCCAUGAAACAGUGGGCAGUGACUGAAAGCAAAUACAGCGACAUCCCUUUUAUUGAAAGCGAUGUGCCUGAGCCCUGACUGGCGAGGACCGUACUCACAGUGAGUGUCCCAUCUGUUAAGCAGUCGGCGUUUGGUACUAGUGCAAAUAAAGUAAAAUCAGCAAUGAUUUGAGCGUAAUGCCACUAUAUGAAUGUGUCUGGAAGGGAGGCUGAAAUAAAAUGCCUUUUAAUCUACA